UGGUAGCAAUGGCGCUCAACAUCAUUGAGAUUGAAAGACACAAACAAAUUUAGUCAUGAAGGAGUACAGAAGCCACGUAAUUCUGGUUCCAUAUCCGAGCCAAGGCCAUAUUAAUCCUCUUCUUCAAUUUGCAAAACGUCUGGUUUCUAAAGACGUGAAGGCUACAUUAGCCACAACCCAGUACACCGUCAAGUCCAUUUGUGCACCGCACGUUCAAGUUGAGCCCAUCUCCGAUGGGUUUGAUGAAGGCGGGUUUGCUCAAGCAAAAAACGAGGACUUUUUCCUCGAGUCUUUUGCAACAAAUGGCUCAAAAACUUUGUCUCAACUUAUUAGAAAAUAUGAAAAUUCUGCCACCCCUGCUACUUGCCUUGUGUACGACUCAUUUCUACCAUGGGCUCUUGAUGUUGCCAAGCAACAUGGCUUGUAUGGAGCUGCAUUCUUUACGAAUUCAGCUGCUGUUUGUAACAUUUUCUGUCGUAUACACCAUAGCUUGUUGACUCUUCCUGUGAAGCCGGAAGACACACCGUUGUCCAUACCCGGGUUGCCUCCGUUUAACUUUUCUGACUUGCCAACUUUUGUAAGGUUCCCGGAAAGUUACCCGGCGUAUUUGGCCAUGAAGCUCAGUCAGUUUUCAAACUUGGACAAGGCUGAUUGGAUAUUCGGAAAUACUUUUGAAGAAUUAGAAUCCCAGGAGGCUAGAAGUGUAUCAGAAUUAUGGCCGGGGAAGUUGAUAGGUCCGAUGGUGCCAUCGGCAUACUUGGACGGGCGAAUCAAAUGUGACACAGGAUAUGGAUCUAGUCUGUGGAAGCCACUGAGCGAGGAGUGCAUUGAAUGGCUUGAAACAAAGCCGAAGCAAUCAGUGGUGUACAUCUCUUUUGGGAGCAUGGUCUCACUAACAUCCAAGCAAAUGAAAGAGAUUGCCUGCGGGUUGAAGGACAGCGAUUGGCAUUUCCUUUGGGUUAUCAGAGAAUCCCAACGUGACAAACUGCUAGAUGGGUUCAUUGACUCCACAAAAGAAAAGGCUUUAGUGGUGACAUGGUGCAACCAACUGGAAGUGUUGGCACACGAAGCAGUGGGUUGCUUUGUGACACAUUGCGGGUGGAACUCGACGCUUGAAGGGCUGAGCCUUGGCAUGCCGAUGGUGGGUAUACCACAGUGGGCUGAUCAGCUGCCUGAUGCCAAGUAUGUGGAGGAAAUUUGGGAGGUAGGAGUUAGAGCUAAGGAGGAUGAAAUGGGGAUAGUGAGGAAAGAAGAAUUUAUCAAGUGUUUGAAGUUAGUAAUGGAGGGAGAGAGAAGUGAAGCAAUUAGAAGGAAUGCUAGGAAGUGGAAGAAGUCGGCAGAAGAAGCCAUUAGCGAGGGAGGGAGCUCUGAUAAGAAUAUCAAUGAAUUUGUGGACAGUUUGAUGCAUUCGAAUGUGAAGGCAAAGUAAUGGACAGCCAUGAGAUGUCGGCCAAAGUAUGCUUCUUGUAUUGCAAUUAGAUUAAUGAACGAUAGUGAUGAUGCCUCUGCAAUGAACCAGUUUUAUCCGCUGAUUAAAUGAAAACUCCAAUUGUAUUUGCGGCUGCCGACAGGCCAACCA